AUGGCUCUGAAUAAUUCCGUCAGAGGCAUUCGGUUGCGGAGUCUUCUCAUGUCAAUCUUCCUCGCUGGCGGGUGCAUGCCGAUGCAUUUUCUAGACUCGAAAACAAGCACAAAGUGGUUCGAUUGGAACCAAGGCUCGUUCGGCCUUGACCAUGUUUUCCAUUCCGCUGAUACCUCGGCGGCCACGGCGACUGCACAACCUGAUCGCCAUCAACCAUUCUUCACCGAUUAUUUACACCCAAUAGGCCUUCCAGCCGGGCCAUCAGCUACCCACUGGCGCAACUCCCCCCUACUAGACAAUUAUCCUGCCCCAACGGCUUCUGAAGAACGUCCCGCGCACUCCCAGGCGCAUGGUAUGUCGUUGGCCUCCGACGAACUACUUGACCCCGGGCGCUGGGACCCACAAUUCUUUGACGACCUUGGAAAGUUCCUCGCGGGCGGAACACCAGACCCGGAUGGCCUCGCCGACGGAAAACCAGGCCCGGAUGGUCUCGCCGACGGAACACCAGGCCCAAAUGGCCUUGCAGCGGCAGGGGCUUCACAGACACAUUCUGGUGUGCCGCAUGUAUUAUUGGGUAGUUAUCGUCAUCCAAUCGCGGGCGCUGGUCCGUCAUACGUGCCCGCCAUCUUAGAGUCUAGCUUCCCGUCCUCCUACUCCGGGCCCGAUCAAAGGUUCGCGCCUGUGGUGAAAAGCCUCAAACCUCAGACUCACCGUACCGCCCGCGCCCGCGCCCGCGCCCGCUUGCGCGGCCUACUCCCUUCCCCGGCCGUUCGGAACUCAGGUAGUCAACGGACCGAAAUCGCUGACCCGUCACCUCGACAGGGAAGGCUGAUGUUUGAUUUGACUUUCUUUGCAAUUAAUGAUCCAUCAGAUUUUAUGCAAACGAAGGAAGUAGAUGUGAUCCUGCAAGAGCUCAAAAAGAUCCCCAACCAUCGACUCGUCAUCCCCGAGAGCAAAUUCAUCAGUAUCUAUCCCACGUAUAACCACGUUCCUAGGGAAAGCACCCAUGAAAAAUGGAAAAACCCUUCAAGUAAUGAUAAAAGGGCUAGAUUCCGGGAGAAAAUAUCCGAGUUUAGGGAUCAUAAUGAGUAUUGGUAUCAACCUCUUUCUAAGAAAUAUCUUUCUGGGAGAACACUUAGUCUUGAGCCACAUUACAAAGCUAUAUUACCAGCGUAG